AUGACCGCUGUUUUUGCCAGCGACGGAGCUCAGCAGCUGCAAAGACAAUCGCACGGACACACACAGCAACACCGUGGACAGAGUUAUACGACCCACACACGGCCUCAGCUGUCGCCAGGGGAGAAUGCGGCGUAUCGCAAGCAUAGCCACCACUUUGAGACGG